GGAGAUUCGAUUGCUGGCCUCAGGCGGGGAGUGAGAUCCAAAGGCGGAGGCUUUCACAGCUCUCCGGACCUCAGUCUAUCUUUCCCCAUCCCCAAAGCCCUCUCCAAACAUCCCGCAACAACCACCCCUUUCUCUUCCUCCUCCAUAUCACUCCCUCCCAUUUCAUUUCCUUAGCGUCUUCCAUACGAAACGCAGUUUGACAAAAUGUCUGACGAUGACGAUUUCAUGCAAGAUUCGGCUGACGAGGACUAUGACUUUGAAUACGAAGAUGAUGAAGAUGAUGAAUCCGCCGAUAUUGGAAUCGAGAACAAAUAUUACAAUGCGAAACAGAUGAAGGUGGAUAAUCCGGAGGAGGCUGUGGAUGAAUUCCUCGGCCUGCCUCCGAUGGAACAAGAUAAAAGUGAAUGGGGAUUUAAAGGAUUGAAACAAGCGAUCAAGCUGGAGUUCAAGCUUGGACGCUACAGUGAUGCUGUCGAGCAUUAUCGCGAACUCCUUACAUACGUCAAGUCCGCGGUCACUCGCAACUACUCCGAAAAAUCCAUCAAUAAUAUGCUCGACUACAUUGAAAAGGGCUCCGAUGACGCUCAGGCAUACCAAUGCAUGGAACAAUUCUACUCCCUCACCCUCGACUCCUUCCAGAAUACCAAUAACGAACGCCUGUGGCUGAAGACGAACAUCAAGCUGUCCCGGCUAUGGCUGGACCGUAAAGAAUAUACUCAGCUGGCUAAGAAGGUGAAGGAAUUGCACCGGGCAUGCCAGCGCGAGGACGGAACGGACGACAGCAGCAAGGGCACUUACUUGCUGGAGCUGUACGCGCUGGAGAUCCAGAUGUACGCAGAGAUGAAGAAUAAUAAGCGUCUCAAGGCACUCUACCAGCGAGCAUUGCGCGUUCGAUCGGCUGUGCCUCACCCCAAGAUCAUGGGCAUCAUUCGCGAGUGCGGUGGCAAGAUGCAUAUGAGCGAGGAGAAUUGGGAGGAGGCCCAGAGUGACUUUUUUGAGUCAUUCCGCAACUACGACGAGGCCGGCUCCAUGCAACGGAUACAGGUGCUCAAGUACCUGGUGUUAACCACCAUGUUGAUGAAAUCUGACAUCAACCCGUUCGACUCCCAAGAGACAAAGCCCUACAAGAAUGAUCCCCGGAUCUCCGCCAUGACUGACUUGGUGGAUGCGUUCCAACGCGACGACAUCCAUGCCUACGAAGCCGUCCUGAGCAAGAAUCCCGACGUGUUGGCUGACCCAUUCAUUGCGGAGAACAUCGACGAGGUCAGCCGGAACAUGCGCACCAAGGCUAUAUUGAAGCUGAUCGCGCCGUACACCCGCUUCUCGCUCCAGUUCAUCUCCAAACACAUCAAGAUCUCCGUACAUGAGGUACUGGAGAUUCUGAGCUUCCUGAUACUCGACAAGAAGCUUAAUGCCAAGAUCGACCAGGAGUGCGGCACGGUGGUCGUCGAGAGCGCGAGCGAUGUGGAACGACUGCGUGCCUUGGAGGAGUGGAGCUCAUCCCUCAAUAGUCUUUGGCACACCGCUCUCAACGGUGAGGGCUUCCGUCCUGAUGAGAGCAGCCAUGGCCAGAGUGGCCCCGUCUUUACCCCGAGCUAUGGCGACAACUCUCCUAGCGCGCUCAGAUCGAUGAAUGCGCGCCGAAGGGAACUCCGAGGGCGGAUUUUGCCGGGAAAGAUGGCUAGUGCGGUGUAAAUUGGCCUUAGCUGGGCCACCAUCACCAUUUCGCACUAGCAUCGGCUUCUCCUCCUAAUCUAGUUUGCCCCCACCGCACGUGUCUGGUACCUGCGGGAUUCUCAUGUCGCUCUCGCGGUUGAGCCGCGCGAUUUCCUUAUCUCCUCAUCGCUUCGCAUUCGUGGAAAGGACAGAUAGAAAGAGUUGCUCUUGGCUCUCCUCAUUCUGACAAGAUCACCAUGGCUUCUAACCAAGGAGCCGAGCUGGAGGCGUUCCCCUUGCAAAAGGGUCUGGGCCACCGUCACAUCUCACACCGCGCUUUUCUUUGUUAUGCAUCCUGCAGCCUUUUGAACAUCCGGCGCCUCCCAAGUCCUUGACAGCUGCAAGCGGUCAAAGUGUAACACGACGAAUCGAUGACUGAGAGCUUGUACUGGUGUAGUCGCGUUCAGAGCCCUUUUUUGCCUUUCCUUUUCCCCUCCUGACAUGACAGCCCAUCACUCAACCCGAGUCAGGCCCCCGGCAAUUUAAAGUUGCUGUGGCAU